GGUUGGCUCUUCCCGUCUCCAUGGCAACGCGUAAACAAAUGGCGGCGGCCAGGCCGGAGCGGGGACGGCGCCCAUAGCGAAGUUUCCUCCGUCUCCUCCUUCAUUAUCGCAGCUCAUGGCGGGCGGCGAGGAGAACGGGACAGAAGGCAGCCCCGGGGAGCCGCUUCCCCCUCCUGACGAGCCGCCGCAGCCCCGGCCCGGGCCGCCUCACCGCGAGGAUGAGCAGGAGGAGGAGGGCGAGGAGGAAGAGCCGGAGCGCUCAGAGGCUCACUUGGAGGGGGUGUUGGAUGAAGACACCGCCGCCAAGGGACUCCACACCUUCGGCCGCUCAGCCCCUGGCACUGAAUAUGUUUAUCUCCAUCUGUCACUUCCCGGUCGUGGGUUGAGUGACAUCAGCAUUCUCUCUGGAUACAUUCACCUGCAGAAAAUGGAGCUUUCCUCCAAUAAAAUUAAUGAUCUUUCCUGUGUCAGCCACAUGCCUUAUUUAGUAGAGCUGGAUGCUUCCAAAAAUCAACUGACCACAUAUUUCGAUUUUAAAGCACCUAAAAACCUCAAGGAAGUAGAUUUUUCACACAAUCAAAUCCCAAAAAUGAAAGAUUUGUCAGCAUACCACUCACUUACCAAACUCCUGCUGGAUUUCAAUGAGAUCCAGGAGAUCCGGGGGCUGGAGCAGUGUCACAGCCUGGCCCAGCUGGGACUGUCCCACAACCGGCUCAGGGCCACCCGGGGACUGCAGGACCUGCCCCUCCGAGACCUCAACCUGAGCUUUAACCAGAUUGAGAAGGUGGAUGGGCUGAAGAGUUUGAAAUCUCUGCAGAGGGUGGAUCUGUCCAACAAUAAAAUCAAGAGUCUUCAAGGCUUGGAGGAACACGACCUACUGGAGAUGAUCAACCUGGAGGAUAACCAGGUGGCUGAGGUCAGUGAGCUUAAAUGGAUUAAAGAUCUGCCUCUCCUCAGGGAUGUAAAUCUUCUAAAAAACCCUCUACAGGAAAAAGAGGGUUAUUGGCUGUCUGCGAUUUUCAUGUUGCUCCAAGUCACAGAACUGGAUCUCAAAAAGGUUUCAGUGGAAGAAAAGGUGGCUGCUGUGAAUGCAAAGGACCCUCCUCCAGAAGUUGUGGCUGCUGAAGAUCACAGGACUCAUCUUUUGUGCAACGCCCGGCAGCCCCAGGGCCUCCUGGACAGCACUUUGCCUGGUUUUGAUGAGCCCUACCCCAUGCUGGUGUUACUGGGCCCUGUGGCCGGUGGGAGGAGGCAACUUUCUCUCAAAAUCUGCAGACAAUUCAAGAAUUUCUUCAGAUUUGGGCCCUGUCACACCACCAGGACAGCUUAUUUUGGGGAAGAAAACAGAUUCGAUUAUUAUUUCAUUUCUCAAGAAGAAUUUGACAAAAUGGUGGAAGCUGGGAAAUUUCUGGCAACCUACAAAUACAGCGGCCACAGCUAUGGGCUGGGAAGAGACACGGUGGAGUCCAUAGCCAGGGAGGGGCUGGCUACCUGUGUCCACCUGGAAAUAGAGGGCGUCCGUAGCUUGAAAAACACCUACUUCAAACCCAGGUAUGUGCUGUUGGUCCCCAAGGAUAAAUGGAAAUAUGGGGAGCACCUGAGGAGGACAGGAUUGUUCAGCAGGGCAGAGAUCAGAGAGGCGGUGGCCAGAGUGGACACGUACCUCCAAAUAAAUCAGGAUUUCCCGGGGUACUUCCAUGCUGUCAUCUACACGGAUGAGCUGGAGCAGGCAUUCACAGAGCUGACUCACCUUGUCAAGGUCUACCUGGGCUUGGAGCCACCUGACUCUUUGGACAUUCAAGGCACCAAGAGCGGGGCAGGUUCCAGGAACCAGCUCUUCCCAGAGGAGAAGUCAUCCCCGGGCCAAGGAACUCCUCGGCGCUCUCGGACUCCGUCCUCCGGUGACAUUUUGGAACCUUCUGCCCAAACCUACCCCAGGGAGCUCCUGGAAAUGCUGACUGCACCCCCGGGCUCCGUGGAAGAAGCCUCACUCCAAAGACGUUUCUCUGCAGCGCGUCAGAGGAUUCUUUUCCACAGGGAUGUGGAUCCCGACUCCGGCUGUUCCCACCUGCAGCUCCCAAAGCCGCUCCCACCUCUGUCCUCGGGGGCCAGGAGAGGCCACCAGGAGCUGAAGGUGCCCCGGGCUGCCCCCGAGAGCAGCUCCAGGGAAUUUGGGCGUCUCAGGGGACGCUUUUCUGUCCCAUCUGGUGCAGCUCCUGCCAGAGCAGACCAAGUUGUGUGGACCAAGUUUCCCAUCCCUCGGAGGCACCUCCCUGGAAAAGUCAGAGCAGCUGGAAAAGGAGUGGACACUUCAAAAGAGGCUGGUGAGAACCUCCUGAGGAAAUCCAGCAAGGCCAAGUUGGGGUCUUCUCCUGCCCUGCCUCGAAUCCCACCUGGACAGACAAACACGAACCCCUGAGGGCCACGUCCAUCCCAAUUUCUGUUCUGUCACACUGACUCUUCCUGACCCUGCUUUUCCAUCUCUUGCUCUUCAAAAUCUAUCAAAUAUUAUUGCUGAAUCCAUUUCUGAUUAACUCUCAAAAAAAAAAAAAAAAAAAAAAAGGGUUAUUUAUUUAUAACUUUAUUAAAAAGCAAUUUCUGUGUUUCCCAAAGCCAGAAAUUAUUUCCCCGGGCACUCUCAGCUGGGAAAUGGUGGAGAUUUUUUUUUCCUACCGUGGAAUUGUAUCUUCCAUUAAUUUUAUAGAUUUAAUUGAGGUGUGGAAGCACCAGGGCAUCUGAUAAUAUUGUCUGUGUUGUAAGACUGGUGAAUUAUUUAGAAGAGGGAUUUUGUGAAAAGUUCAGAGGGAAAUUGGGAGCGAAAACCAGUUCAGAGUUGGGGCUUUUUUAAAUAAAAUGUGGUUGAAUCAAAAUUAUUUGAUUUGCAAGUGGAUUUAAACAACCUAGCGAGGAGCCAUCAGCAAAAAUGAGAAUUACUGAAAGCCAGCUGAAGGGGUAGAAAGUGAGUGAAGAUUUGAGUUUUCACAAGACAAUAAAACUCCUGAAUUAA